AUGCGCAUCCGACGGUUUCUCUCUACUGCGAGAAACAACCGCGGCCGUUGGAUUACAACAACUCUCCAUGCUGAUCUCAGCGGUGCACACGCAGUCCACUUCUGCUGUCUGUUAUGCCUCCCGCUAAGAAAAUUGUCCCAUGUUUCCGUCUUCGGGCGCAUCAUUCUUUUCUCACUAUAUAGAGCCUGUGUUUUCCGGGGUUUAAAGAGUCCGCGAACUCUCGACUCGGGAAUCUGUGAGGAAUUGUCGAUGGAACCUGCGGAAGGCGAGCAGACGUCGUCGCUGGAAGAAGACCUCCUCCUGCCCGAGAAUGUAAAUAACGGACCAUACACUGGAGAUGGAUCUGUGGACAUGCAAGGGAACCCCAUACCAAAGGAUGGCACAGGCAACUGGAAAGCUUGUCCUUUCAUUCUAGCGAACGAGUGCUGCGAACGAUUAGCCUACUAUGGAAUAUCGACAAAUCUUGUCACUUACCUGAAGAAAAAGUUUCAUGAGGCGAAUGUUUCUGCUGCAAGAAAGGUUACGACUUGGCAAGGAACCUGCUAUAUGACCCCAUUAAUUGGUGCAAUUUUAGCUGAUGCAUACUGGGGAAGAUACCGGACAAUAGCAGUGUUUUCAACAAUAUAUUUUAUUGGAUUGGCCACGUUGACCCUUUCAGCAACUGUUCCUGCUUUUAAGCCUCCACCCUGUGUAGGAUCUGUUUGCCCAAAAGCAAGUGCGGUUCAGUAUGCGAUUCUGUUCAUUGGACUCUACUCUAUUGCACUGGGAACUGGUGGAAUUAAACCUUGUGUUUCUUCAUUUGGAGCUGAUCAAUUUGAUGAUACUGAUGAAGAUGAGGGAAGAAGGAAGCAAUCUUUCUUUGACUGGUUUUACUUAUCUAUUAGCAUUGGAGCUCUCAUAUCCAGCAGCUUUUUAGUUUGGGUGCAAGACACGUGUGGAUGGGGCUGGGGCUUUGGAAUUCCUACAGUGUUCCUGGGAUUAGCCAUAUGUAGUUUUUCCCUAGGCACCUCACUUUAUAGAUUCCAAAAACCAGGUGGAAACCCUCUUUCAAGAAUGUGCCAGGUGAUUGUUGCCUCUUUUCGCAAGCGGAAAGUAGAUGUCCCUGAUGACAGUUCUCUCCUGCAUGAAGUACGGGGAGAUGCCCCAGCAAUUGAAGGAAAUCGACAGCUGAAGCACACAGAUGACCUUAAAUUCCUCGACAAGGCUGCUACAACGACAGAUCUUGAUGGGGAGAACGGUAACUCUAUAAAUCCAUGGAGGUUGUGCACAGUCACUCAGGUGGAAGAAUUGAAGAUUCUUACGAGGAUGCUCCCUGUUUGGGCAACCACCAUAGUGUUCUCUGCAGUUUUUGCACAGAUGUCUACUCUGUUCGUUGUACAAGGGAUGGUUAUGGACACGUCCAUCGGCUCCUUCGUCAUUCCACCUGCAUCUAUGUCAACCUUAGAUGUCAUCAGUGUCAUUGUAUGGGUGCUAUUAUAUGAUAAUAUUGUUGUUCCGGUGGCAAGGAGGUUCACAGGCGAGGAGAGAGGGUUUUCAGACUUGCAAAGGAUGGGCAUCGGCCUCUUCAUAUCUAUACUAGCAAUGGUAGCGGCUGCGCUGGUGGAGAUCAAGCGACUGGACAUAGCCCAUGCUGAGGGUUUAGUGCACGAGAAAGUGGCCAUACCAUUGAGCAUUAUGUGGCAGGCACCUCAAUAUUCUUUGAUCGGAGCAGCAGAAGUAUUCACAUACGUCGGCUCGCUCGCAUUUUUCUAUGAUCAGGCCCCUAAUACCAUGAGAAGUUUGUGCAGUGCAUUAUCACUUCUUACGACUGCGCUGGGAAGCUACUUGAGUUCCUUGAUCGUGACUGCAGUGACAUCGCUGACAACUUGGGGAGGGAACGCGGGAUGGAUUCCUGAUAACUUGAACGAGGGGCACCUCGACUACUACUUCUGGCUUCUUGCGGGGCUGAGCUGUUUGAACCUUUUGGUGUACGCAGCCUGUGCUAAGAGGUACAAGAGGUACAAGAGGAUCGUUCCAUUUUGA